AUGCCAAAGCUUGCUCCUAAGAUUAGCCGCGAUGGCAAGCACAAGAGUCCCCAGUCAAGUGGAAACUCUCAACUUACUGGGUUACCCAAGUCUACAGUAGCUUCUAAAGGCAUUAAAACUACAUCAACACCAAUACAAAUCACGGACAAGCGUGAAGCGCCUGGCCCAUUAGUAAAAGACGAGCUUCCGACAAAGAGUUCGGCCUCCACAGCCCCAGCCAAACGGGUAUUCACCGCUAAGCGGACACUUCCUCCGCAUUUGGUUUCCAAACCCAAUCCGACUCAAAAGCAAUCAGAGCCAGUUGGUAAUAAGCCGGUAACUUCGGCCUCUCCCAUCAGCCCCCAACCAGCUAGGAUUGUUAGCGAUAUUCUACAGACCCUUUCAGAAAUUCCCUUGCCGUUGAAUGCUUCAAACCAAACGGAAGAUGUUAAGGAGUCCCCCCUGGCAGCACCCCAGACAGUUCUUCAAGAACCAAGCAGUGGUCACUCACAUGAUCCUGAUAUUUCCGAUAAGAAGGAGAAGAAUCUCAAGAGGAAGCAAGAUGAUUCCUCCCCACCAGGAGCCUCCCGGGAUUCACACCCUCAAAAGAGUCGCAAGGUUAACCCUACGAAUACUCCUUCCGAAAAGAUUCACGCCGCGUCAUCUAAGACCCAUUCCGAGAAUGAACCGACGCCUGCAAAUCUUGAACCCCGUAUAUCGAAAGGACCCCAGAAAUUAAGCCCAAAGGAUGUUGCUAGACUUGGAGAAUCUACCCAUAGCCAUACUAAAGACUCGACAUACAACCCUACUAACUCUUUUAAUAGCUUGUCGAAUGAUACUAAGAGUAGCAGGCCCGAUACAAUCAAUUCUCGUAAGCCUGAUACUGAUGUGGCCUCUGGUACCAACCGCAAUCAUUCAGCAAGUCACCAGCGGCCACCAAUUGAUAAGGGCAGAAGUGAGACAGACGAUGACACUCCACUUAGAAAGCUGACCAACCCAGCCAAAGCAGCUAAGACUGAUUGGAAUUACCAUAUCUGGACCUUUCCAUCUGGGGAAACCCAGGUCACUUCUGGUGCAUUGCUGCCACGAGGCUACGCCCUUCAUGAUAAUCCUGAUGCUCCGUGGAUAUGCCCGAUACGUUCAUGUCGUGUGCUGUUCUCAAAACUCGAAGGUCUCGGGGCCCACUUCAAUCGUGGCCACAGAGCCUCACUCAUUAACGACAACGGGGACGGCACUUUAUCUAUUAUUAAGAAAUUAAAGGCGGUUGGUGUGGCUAUGCCUGCUGAGGUAGUGUCUCACAAUCCAUUGGAUCCCACUGAACCUCUGAAGGAGCCCUCUCUCAAUUCUCACAUGAAACUGUCUAAAUCUAUUACUCCGUCUUCUCAAACUGGUGAUAAUAGGGACGGACCUGUGAAAGCUCGUAGGUCGAGCAAAACUCUAUCUGCCUCUAGCCUGAUGGGUACAGAAGCUCCCAUGAGAGAAGAUGGUCUAAGGCCCCGCCAACCUAGCACUAUUUCAAAUGCCCAAAAUGGAGUCCAUAUUGGGAGCACAGCACACACAAGUGCCAUAAAUCCAGCACAAGCCCUUGAACUAGAGACAUGGGAGAUCGCACCGGGUCGAAUUCGUGACGAGCAGAGUGAAGCGGUCGAUAAUUUCGCGUUUUCGAAUUCGUACUUGGCCCAAAAUCAAGCCAUCCGGAUAGGCCGUGAUGUUUCUUUCCAGGUCAUCACCAUCAAGCCUGGCACAGUUCACUUCUGGGGUUCUAACGCCAAUAAGCUCCGGCUAUGUUCGGUAGCGUCAGGCAAACUGCAGGUGUCUAUUCAUGGUCAAGACUUCUCAAUGGGCCCUAACGGUAUGAUCAGAAUCAGGCCAGGCGUUGAGUGUACUGCUACGAAUAAGCUGUACAUUGAUGCUACUGUUCACGUUACAACAGUACCUGGAGAUUUGAAUCAAUAA